CCACUCGCUUCCGGCUUCACUGUGUCACCAUUCUUCUUCUUCUUCUUCUUCUUCUUCGGUCCUUCUCCCGCCCUCUCUUUCGAAUUGCCGCCAUGGAGUUCGGAGUCUCUGCCGCUUCGCAAUCCCUAACUCUGCUCUCCGGCACGCAAUUGCCGUCCGCGCUCUUGUCGACGAACUCAAUCCGGAGAGAGUUCCUCGGCUGCGGCCACAACCUCCGUCCUCCCGGCGGACUGCUCCGCUCCAGGGAGGCAAAAUGUCGGAAGGUAAGGAUUCGGAAAGGCCGGCCUCCUCGGCGAUUUGUGGUGGCGGCGAACUCGGUGAUGCUCGUGGUGGCCGUCACCACGGUGUCCGCCGUUUCCGUUUUCUACUUGAAUCGGUACUUGAAGACGAAGAAGGCGCAGGGGAAAGAGAGCUCCGAUGAGGCGUUGGCUUCCUUGAAUUCAGUAGUGACUCAUCUGAGCUCGAGCAUCAUGAGCCACAUUCAUGGUAAUCGGUCUUUACGACUCGGUGAUGCUCAGAAUGGGGUUACUCAAGCUCAAAGUAAGGAAGUCACGAUGAAGGAAGAUGAGAAAGUCUCUAUUUCGGUAACCACAGAUAGGCAUGUACAGCUUCAGGAGAUGCAUAUUGGUUCUGGAUUGGCUGAAACUGUGGAGUCUCCUGCUGUGGUUUUCGCUUCCUCUAAUGCUUUAGAUUAUGCGGAUUCCAAAGAAUCCGAAACUGCUGUUCUGUCUCCUUCAGCUUCUGUGACGGCUGCUUUGCCUCUUGUAUUUGAUGGAGAAACGUCUGAAUUCAUGCCAGAGAGGGCAAGAGAGGAAGGCGAGUCAUCUGCGCACGCAAGUGCCAAUGGACAAGUUCAGUGGGUGCAUAACGGUUCUGUGAUAACUGAAAUGAAUGAAUCUUGCUCUGCUGAUUUUCUGGCCUCUACUGUUGUUAACAAUGUGGCUUACAAAGAUUCGGUGGUGAGCCUGCCUGAAGCUGGUGAUAUUCGGUCAAUUAUCUUUGUGAAAGAAACUGUGGAUUUCCCAUUGGAAAAGAAUGGUCACAUUCCACAACUGAGGACUGAGUCAGCUGAUGAAGUGGCGAGUGCAGAGUCUAGCUCUACUUCGGUAACUAGGGAUGAUGAAUCAGGCCAAAUGUUUGACAUUAAUAGAUUUUCUGGCUCCAUGCAAGAAUCUAUGAGGGAAGGUCUUCACACAUUUUUUCAGUCAAAGGAAUCAGUGGUCAAAUCUGCUGAAAAGAAAGUUGGUUUUAAAUCAAUGUGUUCUAGUUCCUCACUACAGAGUAGAACCCUUUUUUCUUCUUUGAAAGUGAAUUCUGCACGGAAAGGGGCAGAAUUAUCAACACAGACGUCCCUUCAGACCCCAGAAAACUUGAACGGAAAAGUACAUCAGGCAAAUGAUGAAGGGGGUCCUGUUGAAAAAAGUACGAGAACAGGAAGCAUCAAAGCAAACAAGAAGGGAAGUGGACGUCUAAAACAUGAAAACAAUGGGAAGCCAUCAAAGCUCCCAAGUCCUAACGGGUUUCAUGCGAAUGAGAGCAACAAGCCACCAGAACAGUUCAAUGCGUACAAUUACUUGCUGAAGGAUGGGAGGUUAGUAGAGUGUGUAGAGUUUCUGGAAGACAUGGAAAGUAAGGGUUUCCUAGACAUGAACAAGGUCUAUCAUGCUAGGUUUUUUGACACGUGCAAACGUCAAAAGGCUGUGAAGGAAGCUUUCCGUUUCUGCAAGCUAAUUCCAAAUCCAACAUUAAGUACGUUUAACAUGCUUAUGUCUGUGUGUACAAGCUCACAAGACUCUGAUGCGGCAUUUCAAGUUUUAAGACUCGCGGAGGGUGCUCGAUUGAAACCUGAUUGCAAACUUUAUACUACUUUGAUAUCAACCUGUGCGAAAUGUGGAAAAGUUGAUGCAAUGUUUGAGGUCUUUCAUGAAAUGGUGAAUGCUGGAGUUGAACCUAACCUCCAUACAUAUGGGGCGCUAAUUGAUGGGUGUGCCAGAGCUGGACAAGUGGCUAAGGCAUUUGGUGCUUAUGGCAUAAUGAGGUCAAAGAAUUUGAAGCCAGAUCGAGUUGUCUUCAAUGCACUUAUCACUGCAUGCGGUCAAUCAGGAGCGGUGGAUCGUGCCUUUGAUGUAUUAUCAGAAAUGAAGGCUGAGAUACAGCCAAUUGAUGCUGACCAUGUAACUGUUGGUGCAUUAAUAAAGGCAUGUGCAAAUGCUGGUCAGGUUGAUCGGGCAAAGGAAGUAUACAACAUGCUUGAUGAGUAUAAAAUCAAGGGCACUCCAGAAGUUUAUACAAUCGCAAUUAACUGCUGUAGUGAGAAUGGUGAUUGGGACUUUGCUCAUCGUGUGUGUGAAGACAUGUUAAGAAAAGGAAUCCUCCCUGAUGAGAUGUUUCUAAGUGCAUUGGUUGAUGUCGCUGGGCAUGCGGGAAAAGUCGAUUUAGCAUUUGAAAUCCUGCAGGAGGCAAGAAAGCAAGGAUCGAAACUUGGAGUUUUGCCCUAUAGCUCUUUGAUGGGAGCUUGUAGCAAUGCCAAAAACUGGCGCAGAGCACUGCGCCUAUAUGAUGAUAUGAAGGCAUUCAAACUGAAGCCAACAGUUCCAACCAUGAACGCUUUGAUCACUGCCUUAUGUGAUGGAGGCGAACUGCAAAAGGCUAUAGAGGUGCUGACAGAAAUGAAGAGCUUUGGCCUGAAGCCAAACAGCAUUACAUACUGUGUUCUCUUGGUGGCGAGUGAGAGAAACGAUGAUCUUGAGGCUGGCUUGAUGCUUCUUUCUGCGGCAAAAAGAGAUCAUGUUACACCCACCCUGCUCAUGUACAAAUGCAUAAUUGGCCUGUGUGUGCGUAGAUACGAGAAGUCUUGCAUUCUUGGUGAGCCAAUCCUGUCCAACACAAGACAACCACAAAUAGUAAAUCAAUGGACGACACAUGCCUUAAGGGUAUACCGUGAAAUGAUUAUUGCUGGUGAGCAACCAACCAUGGACGUUGUUUCACAAAUUCUCGGAUGCUUGCGCUUCCCUAGUAAUCCUUCGGUGAAGGACAGACUUGUAGAAAAUCUGGACAUAACUGCCGACGACUCAACAAAACAUUCUUCUAACCUAUGUUCAUUGGUCGAUGGAUAUGGAGAGUACGAUCCCCGUGCCUUUUCAAUUAUAGAGGAAGGUGCUUCUUUUGGAAUUGUUCCGUGUUUAUCUUUCAAAGAAAGUCCAGUUAUGGUCGACGCCAAAAAGAUGGAUACUCGUAUUGCUGAGGUAUACAUAUUGGCUGUUUUCAGAGGUCUGAAGCACCGGCUUGCCGCUGGUGCCAAGUUGCCCAAUGUUACCAUUUUACUGCCUACGGAACAGGCAAAAAUCUUGAUUCCUGAACAGGAGAAGACAAUAAAACUUGCUGGAAGGGUUGCUCAAUCAGUUGCGUCGUUGCUGAGAAGGCUUGGAGUGCAUUAUCAAGGGAAUGAAUCUUACGGGAAGAUCAGAAUAAAUGGGAUCACUUUGAGACGAUGGUUUCAACCAAAGCUUGCUUCUCCUGCUUUCACCGAGAAACCUAACGAGUUCCAGCCCAAUCUCACUGGACUUUCGUUCCAAUCACGAAUAGGAAAGGGAAUCAGCCAUCAGCAGCGCGAUAUUCGAACCGGCAAUCUGUCAUUGGACUGAAAACACAGUCCGGACGACCCACUAGAACAGCUCGAAUUUCUCAUUUGGCAGCAUCAUUUUGACACCAGAGCUUAGCUACUCCACCUUCUUCAAGAACCAUCCCGGAUUGGUCUUGUCGCCCAUUUUCAGGCCAAAUGGUUUUCAUCCGUCUUCCUGCAAGAAUGCUGGAGUUGUUCAAGUUCCCGCGGCAUCAGGCAUUGCAAUAUCAUCAGGCUAGUUUCAGUUGUCUUCAUUUCCUGCAUCUUAUAGCUUCGAGAGCCUAGUUUAAAGCGUGGGGAAAAAGAAAGAGAAUCCGGAGCAUAUAUAGCGCGAUUUGUAUAAUAUAUAGUUCUUACAUACGCCUGUAGAACACCGGCAACUGAAAUAGGUUGUCGAUUUUGAAGAGAUCUGUUCAGUGUCUGAGCAGGAAACAAAAAAAAAAAAAAAGAAAAAAAAAAAGGAAGAAGAAGAAGCUCUGAUAGCAUUGUUGGACGAAAAAUAAAUCCGCUAUCAGUUUGUUACAAUCGAGACCACCUCCUGGUCAUCUUACGAUCCCCAGGAAGGCUCAAAAGAAUGUAGUGUGUAUUGCAUUCUAAGUAUACUUGUGUACUGUGUGUUUUUCUGUGAGAUUGAUGAUCUUUCAGGAUGAAGUGACGACGGCGAUGAAGUCGUGCUCGUGACAGGGGAUCGUCAGGGCACCUCGCGGCGGAUUGUAGCCGAACUCUUCCUCGGCUAGUUGAAGCAGCUCCAGGAACAGAGGGUUGCUGAGAAACGAGAUUGGAACUAUGAAUCUCUUCCUCUCCUCUUGUCCAACGUACACCGCAAUGUGUCCUUUGGGAACGCUCCUUGUCUCGCUCUGCCUCACCUUGGCAGAAGACCAAGAUCGCGAUGAUGAUGAUGACGACGACGAAGAUGAUGCUGAAGAAGAAGAAGAAUUCGAGGACUGUCUCUUCAGAAUGUCGAGAAUCCCCAUUUUUUUCGCGCUGUUGAUCUCGUUGUGUCGGCGGAGAACAGGAGGAUGAAGCUCUUCCCUUCUGGUGUUAGGAAAGGAGUAGACUUUUUGAGUUGGGAUGGAGAGAUGGUGAUGUGGGAAAAGCUAAAGGAGAAGGAGGAGAGUAUUUAUAUGAAGACAGGGACAGGAGUCGAAGCUUAAGGAAGAAGGGCGCAGUGGUUCAUGGGAAGAAGACUUGUAAUAUAAUUCACUAUCUGCAGAGACUUCUUCAAACCGCGCAGGAAGGAAGGGAUUCAACGGGUGCAUGCAUGAUAAUUGAUAUGGGCAUGGCCCCAUCUAGGGUCUCCAUUCGGGUUCGGUUUUUCGGGUUUACCCAAAACCGACGCGAUUAGAUACAUUUUUGGUUUUCGGGUUCGGGUUUUUCGGUUUCGGGUUCCGUCUGAAAACCUCCAAGGAAUAGAACUCAACCCGUAUUUCUAGGCAUUCGAGUUUCGGUUUUGCUUUAACCGAACCCGAACCCUAUAA